UCCAGCCCCCUUGGCCUCCCAAAGUGCUGGAUUACAGGUAGAAGCCACUGUGCCAGGCACAUCAUACUUAUUUCACAUAGGAGUAAUGUUAUUCUUCAAGGUAAGGAUAGUAUUAGUCAGAAUCCUAAAGUGGUGGUAAGAUAAUGCUAGUGAACUGUUUAGAGGUAAAACUGCACAAAUAAUGAACACUUUUUGUGUGCUUCACAUGCAGCAGUCAUUGGGAAGAGAGUUAUCCCUAUAUUAUUCUAAGAUCAUCUCAACCAAAAUGUAAGAUAAUAGUUUCCCUAUUCUACAGAUGAGUACACUGAGGCUCAGAAGUGCAUCGCUCGUCCAAAGUAACAUAGUGAAAGUGUUAUACCAAAGGUAUAAUCCCAGACCUGACCGACUUCAGUAAUGACUUCUACAUGUACUCAUUUUACCAAGGAUUUAUUCUUUGAGGCAUCUGACAUCUGAACAUAACCACGAGAUGCAUGGGACAUGCAUUCUGAUGAUCAUUUGUCCUGACAGAUGGCACUUUUUAGAACAGUUGUCCAGCAAGAAAGGGACUCACUGAAAUUUUAAAUGAUUCAAACCAAUAUCUUGCUGAAAUGCAUAAUUGUCAAUGUGUAAAUAAAAGACAGAACCCAUGUGAAAGUGAGAGAUAAGAUUACAUUGUUGAUGAAGAAUUUUGAUCUAUUUUAUUUAAAAAUUCUUCUUCUCAUUCACACUCCUUAACUGCUCCUACACCUGAGCUGUGUCUACAAUUUUACUUAUUAUUUUUUUUCGUAAUUACCUGAAUAGUCCCUUAGGGAGAUGAUCCCAGUGUUCCUAAUGUUUAGGACAUUAUUAUAAAUACUGAGAAGUUAUCAUUUGCUACUCUGUAUGCUGAAGGUAGGUCUGCAAGUUCCUCACUCAUUACAACAGAGGUUGAUGUAGUCAAAUCUUUUAAUUUCAUUCUCUGUCUUGAAGAGGAAACUAAUACCUUAUUCACAGACUUAUUUGUUAUCAGAGUGUCUUCUUGUAUGAAAUUAUAUUACUGGGAACUUUUUGUAUUUCUAUCCCUGGUUUAUUCAAAACUUUGUAAGAAUGAGCUUAUUAUAAUGAAGAUUCGCAAAACUCUUCAUUUCAUUUCACAUUUUUUAUCUUCUCAUUCUCCUUUACAGGCAAAAACUAUUAACUUUCAUAAUAUUGUUUAAAUAUAUGUAUGAAUGGAGUUGGGGAUAUAGGGGCAUGAUUGGUCCAGUAAUUUAUACCUUCACCGUUUUUCUUCAUUAAAAACUCCUGAAAUGUUAAUAGAAAUGAAUUUUGGGUUUUAUUUGUAAAUUGCAAAUUCAAUCUUCUUGAUUAUUUUGAUAGAUGAUACACAUUUAUGUAUUAAAUUUAUUUUCUCCUGGAAAUCAUUAUCAUCUGAUCCUGGGAUGAUAAACUUAGAGAAGCAGAGAGUUGUAGUGAUUUACUAUCUCAGUGGUUUAGGCUGCUUUAGGGUAACCAAAGCUCUUAAAAGUCCAUUGAAGAUGAACUGAAAGAGAUAACUUCCUCCCAUUGUGGAGGAUGAGCAAACUGAAUUUUAAAUGAAAAGAAAUAUAAUGGUAGAAGAGGCUAUCGAAGAUGCACCAAUGGAAUAUUGUCAAAGACACAUCACAAAAGUGAUUUUUUUUGCAUCCCAGUUCUGCUAAUUAGUAGACCUCUGACCAAGGGAGACUUUCUUAAUCUAUCAGUGUUUAGUUUCCUCAUUUGCAAAUGGGCACGCAAAGAAAACCUGUUUUAUAGGACGUUUUCAUGGAAGAGUUUUUAUGAACAUUCAAUAACAGCUAUUCUUACAAAUAUUACAAGACUGAGACUGUUGCCUCUAGAAAAAUAUUUCUUAGAGAGUUUUAAUUAUACUGGAUUAUUGUAUUAUGUUUAGUGAAUCUAAAGAUCAGGGCAUGUAGAAAUCGCAUGUAUAACUAUUUCUGAAUUUCCAUUAAAUGUAACUACUUAGCAAGACAGUUUAAGGAGUUUUAAGGUAAGCAAAACAAACUAAUAUCAGGUUGGUACAAAAGUAAUUGCAUUUUUGCCAUUGAAAGUAACAGCAAAACCCGCAAUAACUUUUGCUAAAUGCUAAAGCGCUAAUGAUUUUGUGUAAAAUAAAAGUACAUCACACAAUGACUGAAACAAAAUGAAGUAGUGUUAAUGUCUCUUAGAUGCCUUGAUGCUUUAUUUCAUAUAUUUUAUACUUCAUACAGUAGUAACAUUAACCCAAGUCAAAUUCUAUUAGUGACAGGAAAUCAGUAGAGAUCAGAAAUUUUUAUAUAGGAAAAUCUCUGACCACAGCAUCUGCAGCUCUUUACCUAGUUUGACAUUUAUGGUGAGCCAAAAAAGUGAAACUACAAUCAUGGACAUCUAUAGCAAAGGGAACUUAGCUCAGAACUAAAACUGACGUGCCUAUUGUGUUAUGUAUUCAGUUCAUUUUACGUAUAGUAUAUUUAUACACCGCAUUGUACAUUUUGCAAAGUGUACAUUGUUUGUAAAUUAUUUUAAUUAAAAUAAGGACAAAGGCAACUCAAAGUUUCAAGAAUAAAACAAAUCCAUUUACUUUCUUUUUAAAAAAAUUUCUCCAUAGGCAACACAGACUUGGCCUAUACUAAGGCAAUGCCUAAUUUCACAGAUGUGACAGAAUUUACCCUCCUGGGGCUGACCUGUCGUCAGGAGCUACAGGUUCUCCUUUUUGUGGUGUUCCUAGCGGUUUACAUGAUCACUCUGCUGGGAAAUAUUGGUAUGAUCAUUUUGAUUAGCAUCAGUCCUCAGCUUCAGAGCCCCAUGUACUUUUUCCUGAGUCAUCUGUCUUUUGUGGACGUGUGCUUCUCCUCCAACGUUACCCCCAAAAUGCUGGAAAACUUAUUAUCAGAGACAAAAAGCAUUUCCUAUGUGGGAUGCUUAGUUCAGUGCUACUUUUUCAUUGCGCUUGUCCACGUGGAGGUCUAUAUCCUGGCUGUGAUGGCCUUUGACAGGUACAUGGCCAUCUGCAACCCUCUGCUUUAUGGCAGUAAAAUGUCCAGGACUGUGUGUGUUCGGCUCAUCUCUGUGCCUUAUGUCUAUGGAUUCUCUGUCAGCCUAAUAUGCACACUAUGGACUUAUGGCUUAUACUUCUGUGGAAACUUUGAAGUCAAUCACUUCUAUUGUGCAGAUCCUCCUCUCAUCAAGAUUGCCUGUGGGGGAGUGCACAUCAAAGAAAUCACAAUGAUUGUUAUUGCUGGAAUUAACUUCACAUAUUCCCUGUCAGUGGUCCUCAUCUCCUAUACUCUCAUUGUAGUAGCUGUGCUACGCAUGCGCUCUGCCGAUGGCAGGAGGAAGGCGUUCUCCACCUGUGGGUCCCACUUGACGGCUGUUUCUAUGUUUUAUGGGACCCUCAUCUUCAUGUAUCUCAGGAGACCCACUGAGGAAUCCAUAGAGCGGGGGAAAAUGGUGGCCGUGUUUUACACCACAGUAAUUCCUAUGUUGAAUCCAAUGAUCUACAGUCUGAGAAAUAAGGAUGUGAAAGCAGCAGUCAACAAAGCAAUCACCAAGACAUAUGUGAGGCAGUAAAAUUGCAGUGGAUAUUGUUGUCCCUAUUAUAAAUAGGGUCCUAUUAUAAAUGGUCACACGUAAAAGUCCUAGCUCAGAGAACAGUAUCUAAAGGUAACUCUUUCAUAAACUAAGAGGUUCAAUGUAACAGGGUGAUGAUGCUUUACCCCAUGUAUGGACUCUAAUUACUAAGCAUAUUUUCUCCUCCAUGUGCACCCAUAUUGUGAAAGAUGACACAGUGUUCAUUCACAAUGUGCUUAAAAUUGGGCUAAGUUUAGUCACUGGAGGAAAUCACAAAUGAGUGUAGAUACAUAUACUUUAAGUUGGAAGUUAGUGUUGGAUGUUACUUUGCAGAGUACUUUACACAUAUACAUAGUCCUCAAACUAGAUUUCAUGUGAAAUAUGUAAAUUCUCAGAAAGUAGUAAAUACUUCAU